AUGACAAAGAAACCAUCAAAAAAGCCUGUGGAAAAUGACAAAAGACCAAUUGAGGAAGAUGAUGCCAGUAUCAAAGAUGAAGAUGUAGCCAACAAGGAGGAUCCAGAGAAGCCUAAAGAGAAAGAUGAGCAGCCACAAGAGUCAAGGAAAGGGAAGCAAGUAAUGAAGGAACCAUCUCAAGGACAAAAGCAAGGAGUGAAAGCUUUCACACCUCCCCUGCCAUACCUUCAAAGGUUCAACAAGGAGACCAAGGAUCAACACUUCCCCAAAUUCCUUGAGAUCUUCAAGAAGUUGGAGAUUAUCCUCCCCCUGGCUAAAGCAUUAGAGCAGAUGCCACUAUAUGCAAAGUUCUUGAAGGAGCUUAUCAACAAGAAGAGAAGUUGGCAUGAGAAGGAAACAGUGCUUCUCACUGAAGAAUGCAAUGCUGUAAUUCAAAGGGAUAUUCCACCAAAACUCAAAGAUCCAGGGAGUUUUGUAGUUUCAUGUACCAUAGGCAAGAUGACCUUAGACAAAGCUCUCUGUGACCUUGGUGCUAGUAUUAAUCUGAUGCCAUUAUCAAUAAUGAGAAAGCUUGCCAUAGAAGAAUUCAAACCUACCAGGACGUCUUUGGUGAUGGCCGACAGAUCAAUUAAGACACCCAAUGGCAUUGUAGAAAAUCUAUUAGUGAAGGUUGGAGAGUUUAUUUUCCUUGCAGACUUUGUAAUUUUGGAUAUAAAAGAGGAAGGAUAUAAUUCAAUUAUCUUGGAAAGGCCAUUUCUAGCCACAGCCAGAGCCAUUAUUGAUGUAGAGAAGGAAGAGAUGAUCUUCAGGGAGCACAAUGAGCAAAUGGUCAUUAAUGUCUUUAAAUCAAUGCAACAUCCCCCUGAGUAA